CCAAAAGGUGGUCAGCUGUUAAAAGUCGAUAAAACGGAGCGAUUAUCCGACAGUUUGGACGGUUCAAAACGAGGAAUCAUUGUGUGGAUGUCCGGCAGUGGAGCUAAUCUUUUCUCUGAUUCUGAAAAGGAAGAGAACUGCGAACAGUGUCUACUGAUGACCGGACAGUUGAGCAAUGUGUCAUCCUCAGGAGGUGUCUGUCCUGUGGUAUCGGUCUGGAAAAUUCAGGGAGGAUACGGCGGUGGUGGUGCUUCCUGUGGUCCAGGAGGUGGUGGUGGAGCCGGUGGAGAAGGUGGUCAGAAGUACCAUGGUUCCGGCGGCAAGAGUUUCGCCCAGUAUAAACAUGCUAUCAUCACUGCCGGUAUCAACAACGGUAACGGCUAUGUGCUAAUUUAUCCGUGUCGACUGCAGUGUUCCAGCAAUGCGACAUGUCGUUUCCGCCUGGAUACCGCAGACGAAGUGGUCUCCUACUGCGUCUGCCCAGAUGGCCGUGAAAUCGGCGAAUUUCAGGAUUGCACUCUCGGUGCGUUUCAGGAUUGA